CGCCUCGAUCGCUUCGCUUUCGGCGAAAUGUCCGCCUCUGCGUAUGCAAAUGUGCACCUCUGGCUGCCCGUGUGCACGGUGCGCUCAUGGUGUCUUGUCUAGCUCUCGUCGUCGCUUAUCCUAAGUUCCUAACGACCCCCGCUCAAGCUCAUAUAUGCCCCGCCUCCAUCUCAUUCCUCAGUAGCUAGUAGGAGUACCCAGUUAAGCUCAGCCGUGCUCCUGUGUUAGUUCAACAACGAGCUACCAGUCAAACACCCGAGCAAGCUACGUCGUGCCCCAGCCCCAGCCGAGCGAUCGUAGCGAUCGUGAUCGAUGGAGCGCAGCCGCCACCGUGUGCCGCCGGCGGCGGUGCUGCUCACGCUCGUGGCGGCGGUGGUGGCGGCCGUCGUCGGGCGCUGCGGCGCGCAGCUGCCGAUCCCGGUGAGGACGGACGGGUUCGUGUACGGGGGCCACGCGGCGGCGCCCGCGUGGGGCGACGCGGUGGUGGUGGAGGCCUUCUUCGACCCGGUCUGCCCCGACAGCCGCGACGCCUGGCCGCCGCUGCAGAGGGCCGCCGCCCACUACGGCGCCCGCCGCGUCGCCGUCGUCGUGCACCUCUUCCCGCUCCCCUACCACAGCAGCGCCUUCAUGGCUUGCCGGUCGAUCCACACGGUGCACAAACUAAAUGCGUCAGCCGUGUAUCCCCUGCUCGAAAACUUCUUCAAAUACCAGGAGGGUUAUUACAACAUGCCGACAUACACCAAAACAAGAGCGGCGGUGGUCGCCGAAAUAGCGAACAACCUUGUCGCCCCCAUCAUUGGUGAGGCCAAUUUGGCAGCAUACAAAGCGGGGUUCAAUGACACGCAGUCGGAUCAGGCCACAAGGAUUUCCUUCAAGUUUGGUUGUGCACGAGGCGUCACCGGGACACCCUACUACUUUGUUAAUGGCAUACCACUAAGUGACUCUGGUUCUCCUAUGGACUACAACAAGUGGAUAUCCACACUUGAUCCGUUGGUUGGCAAGAUGUAGGGAGCUAUCUCGCUGCAAAUAAAUAACUCCAAAUUGUAACCAGUAUUAGCCAAAUAAGUGGAGGCCAUAAAUAACUUGAUUUUGCCAUGAUGUUGAUGGAAGUAUGUGUUCGUUAUCAUGCAUGAUAAUGUUUGUAAGUCAGGCAUGUAGUUCUCUCAAGGGCUACCAAAGAGUUCACACACAGUGCCCCCUCGUGCACGCGAAAAUCAAUUGACAACUUUGGAGCAUGUUUUUAUAA